UUUCAAAUUCAGUCCUACUUCUACUUCAACUUGUACAACCUGCAGCUAAAGUUGUACUAUGGAUAGUGCUUGCAUCAUCACUGAGUUAACUCAAGGGAUGGAACUCGCUAAGCAGCUAAAAGCGAUUCUGAGCUCGGAAUGUUCUCCUGUAUCGAAACAAGUUUUGAUACAGGAGAUCAUAUCGUCGUAUGACCGAGCUUUGUUGAUUGUUAACUGGGGUGGUGACUUGAGUGGGCAGACACCAGGACUAACGGUAGCACCGCCAAUGGCGGUGCUCAGCCAGCCGGAAUCAUCGGUUUCCAUCGAUGAGAGUCCACAAAGUAGAGAUUUAAAUCCACCGUUUGAGAACCAACAAGAUCAGAAAGUUGUAUGCAAGAAAAGGAAGGCAAUGCCAACAUGGAGAAACCAAGUUAGAAUCUCAACUGAUAAUGGGUUGGAAGGAAACACAGAUGAUGGUUAUAGUUGGAGGAAGUAUGGGCAGAAAGAUAUUUUGGGUGCCAAAUUUCCAAGAAGCUAUUAUAGAUGCACGUACCGUUAUGUCCAUAAUUGCAUGGCAAGAAAACAAGUGCAGAGAACAGAUGAGGAUCCCACCGUGUUUGAGAUCACAUACAGAGGGAAGCACGCCUGCAACCCUGCCACCGCUCGUUCGGUUGCACCACCACAGUCACCUGAAAAACACGACAGGAAGCAAAACAACCACCAUCACAACCACCAACUGCCGCCACAACCAAAAUCAGGAGAGAUGCUUUCAAACCUCAGAGAAAAUCUCAGAGUCAGUACCUCAGAUUUGGAUGCCACGGUGCCAUGUUCAUUUUCCUUCCCUUCAGCAUCAUUGGGAUACAUGGAAAACUACCAACAAUUUAAUUUCUCGAAUGAAACCGAUAACGGUUUUCUGCAAGGGUAUCCGCCGUCUUUUGUAUCUCCUGCAACAUCGGGAUCAAACUACUUCACGGAAUGGGGAAAUGAUUUCCAGCAUCAUGAUGACUCGAAUCUGUCGGGAAUGAUCUCAACCACUGCUUCAGCUACUACUUCGCCAUUGGCUUUCCCGACUGAUCAGCAGGAUCUUAGCCCAAGUUUCCCAUUUAACAACUCGGGGUUUUUCAUCUGAUCCGUACGAACAUAUAGUCAUAGAUAACUCACAAUAAAAAAAUGAACAUGAAAAAAUAGCGAUAAAUUUUGCAA